AUGCCACUCAUUGAAACACCCACAGUCGAACAACAUGCCACAGGUUUCGGCAUUGGGGCAGCAACUCCGCGUCUAUCUUGGCGAUUUAUCACCGAUACUGACAAUUCGCCCCUCAACUGGGAACAGACAGCCUACGAGUUGCAAGUCGUUCGUUCGGACUGUGAAUCACAGGAAGAGACCUUCCUCGUGAAGAGCAAUACCUCAGUGCUAGUUCCAUGGCCCAGUGCCCCGCUAAGGUCUAGAGAAAUUGCUCGAGUCCGAGUUCGGGUCUAUGGCGGCAAUCCUGACCACGAGCAAGCCGAAACCUCUGAAUGGUCCCCCUGGAGGACUAUUGAAUGUGGAUUGCUCAACCGCAAGGACUGGAAAUUUAAUCCAAUCGCAGCCCCUGGAGCUUCUCAGCCAGAUAGUCCUUUGCGGCCGGUAAGGUUUCGAAAAGAAUUUCAAAUACCUGCAUCAGGUUUUAUUGAGAAAGCCCGCCUCUUCAUCACAAGCUUUGGUGUCUACCGUGCCUUCAUCAAUGGAAGAGUUGUGGGCGACCAAUGCCUUUCUCCAGGGUGGACGAGCUACCGUCAUCGCUUGAACUACCAAACCUUUGACGUGACAUCACUCCUGAAUCCCAACGGCCCUAAUGCCCUAGCGGUGGAGGUUGCCGAGGGAUGGUAUGCAACACGCCUAGGGUUCCGUGGUGGGAGAAGGCAGCUUUACGGAGAUCGGCUGGCCGUUCUGGCCCAGCUCGAAGUCCAUCGGGAUUCUGACAGAGAUUCGUUUUCACUCGGCACGGACAGCACAUGGACUUGCGCACCCAGUGCAAUCCUUCGAAGUGAGCUCUACGACGGCGAGACUUAUGAUACCCGCGAGGAGAAUCCAGCCUGGAACGCUUCUGAGUUCGAUACUGGGUCGGCUCGGGCAUCUAACUGGGUCCAAGUUCAGAAGCUAGAUUUUCCAAAAGCAACACUGGUGGCCCCAGACGCCCCUCCUGUCCGCAUAACUGAGGAAAUCACCCCCGUCGCAGUCCAGAAAACACCGCUAGGGAAUACAGUCGUUGAUUUUGGUCAGAACAUGGUAGGCCGACUUCAAGUGCGCUCCCUGAAACUACCCGCUGGAUCUCUGGUGUCUUUCACGCACACUGAAGUGCUAGAGAAUGGUGAGAUCGGGACUCGACCACUCCGACACGCCAAGUGUACGGACGAGAUUAUCUGCGAUGGCAGUGAAAUUCUCAACUGGUCGCCACAGUAUACAUUCCACGGGUUCCGGUACGUACAGGUUGAUGGCUGGGACGAGGAGCAACAUGGUUUGCUACAAGACAAUCUCUCAGCACUCGUGAUGCAUACUGACAUGACUCGCACUGGUUGGUUUUCUUGCUCUCAUCCUAUGGUCAAUAAGCUACAUGCGAAUGCCUUGUGGAGUAUGCGCGGUAAUUUCCUGUCCAUACCUACGGAUUGUCCUCAAAGAGACGAAAGACUGGGCUGGACUGGAGACAUUCAGAUUUUUUGCUCAUCAGCAAGCUUCUUGUAUGACACUGCUGGAAUGCUUGGCGGCUGGCUUGAAGAUGUAGCGGCAGAGCAACUCAAUGAGAACGACGGCUGUGUGCCUCCAUUUGUUGUCCCCAACGUUAUCAGUCAAGAAUUGUGGCCGCAUACGCCUCAAGCCGUGUGGGAUGAUGUGGUGAUUCUGACUCCCUGGGAUCUCUACCGAUCUUAUGGCGAUAUCGAAAUUCUCAGUCGGCAAUAUCAAAGCAUGAUCGCGUGGAUCGACCGUGGUAUUCGACGUGGUUCCGAUGGAUUGUGGGACCCCAAUCUAUGGCAGCUGGGUGACUGGCUGGACCCCACAGCGCCGCCCAUCGAACCAGGUGAUGCACGCACAAAUGGAACUCUCGUUGCAGAUGCAUAUCUUGUACAUGUGACAUCUGUGAUGUCUCAAAUCAGCGAGAUCUUGGGACACGGUCAAGAUACCACACGCUUCAAAACCGACCAUGCGAAACUGAAAGCUAUGUUCCAGGCAAAGUAUAUUGCGUCUUCAGGAUUGCUAGUCGGUGACACUCAGACGGCUCUUAGCCUUGCCCUAAUGUACGACCUUCACUCCACAACUGAAGAGGCUAUGGCUGCGGCAUCCCGCUUGGUUCAUCUUGUACGAUUAGGAAAAUUCCACGUAUCGACCGGUUUCGCGGGCACUCCGGUCAUUGCACAUGCUCUUACCAAGAGUGGGAACCCUCAGAUUGCUUACCGAAUGUUGCUUGAGAAAAGCCGUCCGUCGUGGAUGUACCCAAUCACCAUGGGUGCGACAACUAUGUGGGAGAGAUGGGAUAGCAUGUUGCCGGACGGAUCUAUCAACCCAGGAGAGAUGACUAGUUUCAACCACUAUGCUCUUGGAUCUAUCAUCAACUGGCUCCAUUCCAAUGUUGCCGGUGUGAGUCCUCUGUCAGCCGGCUGGAAACAGAUCAAAGUGGCACCGACUCCUGGAGGAACAAUAGACUCGGCUGAGGCAGUUUAUGAGACCCGGUAUGGAAGGUUGGAGUGCAAAUGGUCGAUUGAGAAAGAAGCAGGGCUCUUCAACCUGGAUCUCUUGGUUCCUGCGAAUAGCCGCGCACUGGUCGUACUUCCGAGUCGAGAAAUUCUGGCGAAGUUCAAGGUUGGCCCUGAAGAAGGGGUUUGGGUGGGCUCUGGCCGUCACCAGUUUUCCGUGCCUUUUGAGUGGGAGGACUACUCUAGCCAUUGGCCUCCCAAACCACUCAUUCCGAUUAUGCGACGACCCGAGCCGGAUCAGAUUGCGUGA